AUGAGGACCCUCCGGGGGGCAGCUGAGCACCUCAUCAGGACCGGGUGGAGGUUCUGGCACUUGGGGCUCUGUAAGGCCCUUGCUUUGCUGCAGGCAGCCUGGAAUGACUUCUCCUGGCCUGUCCCCACCAGCUGUGGCCAGCUGCUGACCCAGAUCCUCCUGUGUGGUUCCCUGGCCUCCACUGCUGCAGCUCUGACCCACCACUGGCUGGUGUCUUCACUGCGUUAUCCUCUGGGACCCUCUGCCACAGUGGCUGCCGUCUGUGGUUUCCUGGUCUUCCUGGGCCUGGGCCUGGUGCCCCCCGCCCGCUGCCUGUUCGCACUCAGUGUGCCCACCCUGGGCACAAAGCAGGGCCGCCACCUACUCCUGUCCUGCAGUGCUGCCACCCUGGCCAGCAUCGUGGUGCCCAACGUCUUGUCCAACGUAAAAGUGGCCGGGCGGGUGCUGAGGUGUGUCACCGAGGGGUCCCUGGAGAGUCUGCUCAACACCACCCACCAGCUGCAUGCGGCAUCCAGGGCUCUGGACCCUGCAGGCCAGGCAGGCAGCAGGCGCCUGACGUUCGGGGCCGAGGGCAAUGGCUCUGCCUUCCGGCUUCAUAUGCUCAGGGUCACUGAGCAGGUCCUGGAGGACUUCUCUGACCUGGAGACCCUGGCCCGGGCAGCAGCACUGGAGGCCCAGAGGGUGGUCGCCGUGGUCUUUGUACUAGGCCUCCUGGUGGAGUCUGCCUGGUACCUCCAUCGCUACCUGACUGACCUACAGUUCGACAACAUCUAUGCCACACGGCAGCUGGUUGGGCAGCUGGCAGAGGCCCAAGCCACACACUUGGUGGCCUCCCCACCAGCCUGGCUGCUCCAGGCGGCCCAGCUGAGGCUGUCCCAGGAGGAGCUGCUGAGUUGUCUCCUAAAGCUGGGGAUGCUCACCCUACUUCUGGCAGCCACAGCUGUGACAGUGGCCACAGAUCACGUGGCCUUCCUCUUGGCCCAGGCAGUUGUGGACUGGGCUCAGAAGCUGCCCAGCGUGCCCGUCACGCUCGUGAUCAAGUAUGACUCGACAUAUACCGUCCUGGACUUCAUCCCCUUCCUUUUCAACCAGAUGCCCCCAGAGAGCCCCCUCCUCUCGGCCCACAGCUCCUACCAGUGGGAGCUGCGCUUCACCUCUCCCGACUGCCCGCUGUUGCCCGCCCAGCGUCCCCGAACGCCCGCCUCCCUGGCCGCGGGGGCCUUGCAGCUCGCGGCUUGCGCCACGGUUCUCCUGGAGACCUACGCCCACCGCCUGCGGCACGCCAUCGCCGCAUCCUUCUUCACCGCCCAGGAGGCCAGGAGGAUCCGCCACCUUCACGCCCGGCUCCAGCGAAGGUACGACAAGCCUUCAGGGGCGCCUUCCUACUGUGAAUCCGGCGUAGGUAAGCAGAACUACUGCAUGCUUGACACUUUGAAGAACAGCGAGCAGGGGCCAGAGGGAAAGAGCUGUGGAGUCUCACACCCCUGA